CGUUACCGCGUGAAUUUCAGGAGCGUGAGCAUCGUUACAAUGCAGAAAAGGAACCAACCAAUGACACGAAAACACCGAGUGGAUGCCGAAGUUAUAUAUGGCUUGAGCAUCGGAACGCUUGCUUCAGACGCGCAGCGAAGACUGCAAGAUGGCGUUUCCGCUGGGGUGGCAGCUGACCGCCGCCUUGAUGGUUAUUGCGGCAGCCUCAGCGCACGCCUCCUGGACACGCCUGUUGACGGAUGUCAUUCCCGGACUGCGAACGACGGUAGCCACACCGGAAACGACUCUCAACGAGACCGGGCCAACCGCGUUGCACGAAUACGACCAAGCGGUAGAGGAUCUUCUGGAUUCCAUUUUAGCAGCGCACAACUUGCCCAGCGAUUCCGGUCGAAGACGAGGGAAGCGCAGCACAUCACUCGACGUCUCAAUCAAGGACAGUCUCGGCGUACAUCGUCUUCAGCGUCUUUCGCCGUUCUCGGAUUUGUGUGAGCGACAGCUGUCUGUCAGCUUCGUGCCUUACGCCGGCGAACCUUAUGUGGUGUGCGUUUCUGCGGGGUCAAGAGACAUACGACCGAGACUUACCGUGGGAACCUUGACGGGCAGCAAGUGGACUCCUGUUGCUUAUACGGAUUGCGUUGACCCGAGAAAUGUUGUGGGAUUUAGCUUUAAUAACAAGCUCUACAUCGUAGCCGCUGAUGCUGGACUUCCCAAUGGCGCUGAGCUUCAAUUCUUUGACAAGGACACAAGGAAGAUAUACAUCGACCACACUAUCAACAGCGCUUCUCCGACUUCCGCUGCAUUUUGGAGAAUGAAGUCGAACGGAGAAUUCAACCUGGCAUUGGCGAACUCCGGGAAGGAGACGUUCACUUCUAUCUACAGCUGGAGAGCCACAUACUUCGACAAGUAUGCCCAAGUGGAAAGCAGGGUAGUGUGCGACCUCGAGCCGUUCUCCAUUCACAACCUGGACUUCUUGGCAGUAGUCAACAAGCGCUUCUCUAAGGACACCGCCAAAGUGAGCACGGUCAUCUACAAGUACGACCUGUCCCGAAACACGUGGAAGACUCUGCAGCAGAUUCCCACGUACGCCGCGACGGACGCAGAGUUCUUCACACUGGGACCGGACUCUUCGACGAAGGAGUUCUUCUUGGCUAUCGCUAACCAAUACGAACAAUAUGAUGACCACCGCAACUACGCAGUCAACUCGGUCGUCUACAAGUACGUGGACGGCAAAUUCGUUCCGUUCCAGUGCCUUCACACUACGGGUGCUACCAAGAUCGCCGCAUACGAAGGCGCCGGUGGCGAGUUUCUUCUGGCCGUGGGCAGUCUGUACGAGCCGGUGCAUCUCUAUCAGUUCAACGGCUGGCACUUCGUCCUGGCCGAAGUUCAGCACACCCAGUCGACGAUAGGACCCGGCGUGCACGACUUGACCUUCCACCUCCUGCAGCCUUCUCGGGAUCUGCUGCUUGCCGUAUCGAACCCUUCGACUGAAGGUCCAGGCGCGUACAAGGUCGACUUCUACCACGACAACCAGAUCCAGCGCUGGUACGACGACAGCCUACGCUGGUGCAUGGAGUCCUCGCAGCUGGCCACCGAGGAGUCUGCUCAGAAACUUGUUUCCCAGUUAGACCAAGUGUACUACGUAGAUAAGCGUGAGACCAUACGCAUUCCGGGGGAAGUAGUUUUCCAGGACCUGUACGUCCAGGAUGCCAUACGAGCUCAGCAGUUCGAAGAACUAGCGUCUGGGGAGCGCUACCGCGUUAACGAUCUCGAAGAACUUGAGAAACUCCAAACAGAGCUGAACGCAAUGAAAGACACCCUACGUGGUAUGAUGACCGAACUCCACGAUGCUUUGAAGCUGACCGGGGACCAAACGCUUAUCGGGGACUAUCAUUUUGAUCACCUCACACUGGACUGUCCGGCGCACGGCUGCCAACUUGGUCAGCUCGAGACCAUUUACCUGAACAAGGAGGAAGUCUCCAACCUUCCAAGCCGCCUGUUUUUCACCAACGCGCCUCAGUUCCCCAACGUUCCCAUGUCUUUCGAGCGCCUCAGUGUGCAGAGCUUGCAGGCAGACGGGCCCGUCAACGGACUAAACGUCUCGACUAUCGUCACAGUCUCUGGGAAUCAUGCUCUCAAUGGCAACAUCCGCUUCGCGAAUCCGGUCCAUGCCCUCAACGACGUCGUCACUGCUGGCCUUAGUGGCGUGGUCUUCUCGCCUAAGCAUCUCCUUCUCACAGAAGGCGACCAAAUUCAGAGUGCAGAACUCACCAUGAUAGAUGCUACUGCUCAUGUCUUGCACGUUGCUGGAUCUUGCAAUGGCAUUAGCAUAGACAAAUUCUACCGGAAUGCAUUGACUCGUCAUGGAAACCACGUCAUAACUGGUCGCAAAAUUGUGCGCGACUUCGCUGCAGAGGGUAUGCUGCAGAUCAGUGACUCGGGACUGUUCAACAAUGUUAACCUGCAUGAUCUCUGGCGCUCAGUGAUGUGGGUCCACGGACACCAAGUCGUCACAGCUACCCACGAAUAUAUGAAUGUCCAGUUCAGCGACGUCAGCGUCCGCGGUACUGUCAAUGGUCUCCAGAUACCAGGGCCUGACGUUGUGUUGGUCAACCAGAACGUCACAAUUACGGCUGAAAAAGUGUUCCUUGCCGACUGUUCAGCACGGGAGCUCCAUGUAAACGUCGCUCUCAAUGGAAUUCGGCACAUUCCGCAUCCGACCUCUGACUGGAAGGGUCAGCUUGACAUGCUGGUGAAAACGCCAAUACAGCGGAUCACAGGGCGAAAGACAUUUGCCAGUUUACAUAUCGACGGACACAGCACCGUUGGACGUUUUGUCGACGGUGUGGACUUAUCCCAGUUGGCCGAAUUCUUGCGCAGGCGACGCACCACCGUUAUGAAUGGGACGUGGACAUUCAAAGGCAAGGUUAUUUUCGAAGAUAAAGUAACCGUUACGGGACUAGUCAACGAUCGCAAAUUGGACGACUUGUAUCGCUACGCCAUCCGCAUAGACGCACCUGUGUUUCCAAACUUCAAGAAAGUUGUCUUCGCAAACAACGUGCAGGUACGGAAUCUCACUUGCCGAGACAUCAAUGGACUUCACGUACCGUCGUCCUUCGUUCUGCGGCGUGGGCCGAAAGUAAUGCACGGUGAAAAAGUGUUCGCCAAACUCAGACUCGCUGGAGAAGUCGUCGUUAAAGGGCUCGUCAACGGCGUCAACCUCGGUGUCUGGAAAGAUUCGCUUCUGACCCGCGGUAACCAGGCUGUUCGUGCUCCUAAAGUCUUCAUGAGAAACCUACACGUAAAAAACCUUGUCGUCGAAGAGUCCAUAAACGGUGUGGCCAUUGCUGAUCUCUGUCGCCUCGACGAAAACUGCUUAAUCACUGCUCCUAAGGACUUCGAGACGCUAACCGUGGACGGUGGGUUGACGGCCAACAAUUUCAUCGUGAGAAACAGGAUCAAUGGUGUUCGUGCAGCGGAACUUCUUCAGGACUCCAUGCUUUACUCUGCUCACCAAGUUGUCUCUGGGCGCAAGAUUUUCACCGGCAACUUAACGGUUCCACGCCACGCUAACGUGCGCACAAGCAACUUCUCGGGAGUCUCGCUCGGCGAACUUUACCUGGACGCUGUUCAGCUGAAAGGAAAUCAAGUUAUCGCAGGAGAGAAGGUAUUCUCCAACACCAUAACGUCGCCAAGGUUUGAAUUCGAAACUCUUCUGGAUGGUGUCUCACAAGAUGACAUGAGCAAUUGGAUGCUUCAAGGAGUAGAUCAAGUGAUCAGUGGUGACAUCGUCUUCGAAAACAGUCUGGAAGCUCUCGGGCCACUCAUAGUCCGUGGCACUAUAAACGAAGUUAAUAUACAAGAACUAUUCAGCAAAACUGCUUUCAAAAACGAGUCAACGAUGUUUGCAGGCCCUGUUAGGUUCGAGUUCCUCGGCUCCAUGGCUGAUGUGCAUGUGAGCGGCACUGUUCAGGGCAUUGAUGUAUCUGAAGAAGUUGUCGACGCCACAAAGAACGUAACGGUGUCCGGGAGAAAGUUCAUGAAGAAGGGAUUCAAUGUUGACGGAAACAUGUGGGUCAGCGGACUUGUGGAUUCGGUCAAAGUCGAGGAGCUCUGCACAAAAGUGCUGACUGCCUCCGGCAAUCAAUUCGUUGCCCCCACGACCGUCCUAGGUGAUGUUACCUUCCACAGGGGUGUGAAGGUCGACGGGCUCAUCGAUGGUGUGGAUAUGCGGGAGCUGGAUUCAACUUGUGCCAAGACACACGUUCCUGCGACACUGCGAGGAAGCAAAAGGUUCAGGAACAUCGUAAUCGAAGGGCCUGUGACACUCCGGGGUACAUUAAACGGCUUCAACUUCGACUAUCUGAAAGAUCAUUACAUGAGCGUUUCCAAAGACCAGAUUGUCGAAACCAAGCUGAAAAUGCACGCUGCGCAUAUACAUGGUUCACUGCAUUGCGGCAGCGUCGAGGCUCCACUGGUGAACGGGCUCAGUUUGCCUUCAUUGGUGAGCUCUGCGUUGCGGACAGUGGGCGAUCAGACCUUGUCCGUGCCCUGCAAGUUCCACAACGCUGCGUUCGGCGGGGACGUGCAUGUUAACGGAAAGAUCAAUGGACUGCAGCUUCCACUAGACGUCUUCACUAAAGUCCGCACCAAUGUGGUCUCCGGAACGUUGACAGUCACCGGAAACACAACCAUUGCUGGCACCCUGACUAUGCCGGAGUCUGCGCGCUUGCAGGGCGUCGACGUGGCCGCUUGGGCAAAGAUCGCCGUAUUCAACGAUGGCCGCGAAUACAGAAUUAGCGGUGCCAAGACUCUCCGAAAUGUACACACCGGCAACGCAAACGUCCAGGGCACCGUGGACGGAAUCAAGGUAUCAUCCAGUGAACUGCUGAUGACGUCAAAGGAACAAGUUAUAACUGGAAAGAAAACUGUACUAGGCAAUGCAGCUGUACACGAUCUCCGCGUCACGGGCUACCUGAACGGUGUCAACAUUCACGAAUUUGUUCAUCAGGCCAUGCUGAAGAGCAGGAACAACACGGUUACUGCCCCUAAACGGUUCACAAGUGGAUUAAGCAUUGCCACACUCCAUACGACAGGUCACAUUGGAAACGUCAGCUUACGAGAGCUGAAGCAGAGCAUCAGAUCUGUCGGCGAACUGCAAGCGCUCACCCGUCAGCUCGGACAACACAAGAACCGAAUUAAUGAACUCAGCGCCGCAUUCCAAGAACAAGCGGUUCUCCUCGCCUACUACGAGCAGAUAUUUGUCUUCACUGUGGGUCCAUCCUAUUCUGCCCUUUAUGCUCCUCUGCGAGACUCUUCAGAUAUAUUCGUUAUUAGUUCACCGGCUUUUCGUCACCAGCCCUGCGGCAUUCUGAAAAUCUUCAAACUCCAGGGGCCGUACACGAAAGCACUCCCAGUGCAAGAGGAUACUCCAGUUGCCCAAGGCUCUUCACUUCACUUCUUAUCCACUCAAGCAGCAGAUUACAUCAUUGUCGUCAAUGCAAAUGCGGUCUCCUUGUGCUCAAAGAAAGUGCCCAUCCUAGGUAUUCAUGGUGAGGGCUACAGCUCUGUAGAGAUCUUCAGGUGGAAUCCUACAACCAAAUCUCUCAACCUGUACCAAGUCUUCAGAAUGGACGCCCUGAAGAGCGUAUCCCCGUUCAACUACGAAGCACUCGGUUGUCUAGCAGUAUCCGCUGCCGGAUACUUGAAGAUUGUCUGUGUCCAUGACACGUCCAAGGGAUUCAUCGUUCACCAGAACUUGCCCAUUCAUUACAGCCACGAGGUAUCAGCCCAGCUUUGUCCCAAAGACGGCUCUGUAUUGAUAGCCGUAUCGGCCAAGCAGACCGGCCAGUUCGACCGCGUCUUCUCGUACCAUUGGUCCCGGCGUGGUCUCCAGAAAAUCGCCAGCAUCGCCGCAGUCUCCGUCGGCUCUGUGGCUGUUCUUGGGCACCGUGAUGCUUGCUUCGUGGUGGUCGGCCAGCGAAGUGUGGCCGGCGCGGACAUGCCCACGUCGGUGUACAACUACGUUCCCGGGCACCACCAGGAGAUGCUGGAAGUGCAAAAGUUGUUCGCAGGCGACGUGCAAUCCAUCAGCUGGUUGCCAUCGCCUGACGGCCGCACGACCCUAAUGUUCGUGCGCUCUCGCGGAGUGGGAAAGAAUCUCAAGGUCUACGCCUACAAAGGAGCUUCCGGUUUUCUUGAGCAAGAAUCUCUUCACGUGGAUGAAUCCUUCAAGGAGGUACGGACUUUCCAAAGGCCCGAUGGCCUGCACUUCGUCACGUUGUCGAACAGCCGCGAAGAACCUUCGGCAGUGAUCUUGGCCUCCAAGGUCAAGGGAACGCCCUACAGCCAUCCUUAGACAGGCGCUUGUUUAGCGUUUUUUUUCUUAACAAAUUUUACAAAUUCUUGAGUCUGACUCAUCUACACUUGUUAUCUAGUUCAUAGAACUGUAACUACGACAUAAUAUAAUAAAAUUUUACACGUUUUUACAACGCUA